GUCUAGAAUACAAUACUAAGACUAGUACCUGAAUAGUUCAGGGCUAUUUUCACCAUAUUCGGCCUAGAUACGCUUAGUUAGUUAUUUCAGCUACUUAUUUAGAUCUGGCUGACUAGCUGAUCGAAUUAGUAGCUGAACGGCGUCUCUUGAAUAUUUUUGUUUCGGCGCGUUGAUCUUGGGGAUACGAGGUAAGCUUGACAAGAUAUUCAAUAGUACUUAUAGUCUUAUAAAUAAGAUAACCCUAGGUAAAUUCCCUAUGCAUCUCUAAGUGACCCUCUUGCUCCUUUCGCCAGUCGCUCGUUCAACGUUAGGUACCUACCUAUACACAACCGCUAAGGGGAGACUUCGGAUUCUUCAUCAUGCAGCUAAAAGGUUUGGUUCUUCUAGCUACGUUUGCAUCGGCCGCCCCAAGAAAGGAGAAGCCUCGAUGCGGACGGGUCACUGCUACAACUACUCUGUCGAAUAUCGUGAAUACCAGUUCCGUUCAGGGGACAACCUCCCUGCCGUUUCUGAACAACUCGACUACGACUAUCGCAACGACGAGCACGGAAUCAGGCGGUGCAGUAUAUCCAACGUACUCGUCCCAGUCUCCGAAUUCCGAGACUCAUUCCGCGAGCACAUCGUCUUACUCGGGAAGCACAGGAUAUCACCUGACAAGUCCUAUUAGCCUCUAUGUUACUACGCCCUCAGUUACCAAUUCAGAAACCCAAAGCACCUCAUACCAAAUUUUGAAUACUUCAUCAUCGACUCCUACCCCAGUCCUUGCGACAAGCGCAAAUUAUCCGGUUCUAAGUAAUACUAUAUCCUCCAUUUCGUCUAUCGACACGUCCUCGUCAUCGACUUCUAGUUCAACCAUUACAACAAGCCCAGAAUACAUAACUCUAAGCAGUACUAUAUCCUCUACUUCAACCACUGAAACAUCCUCGUCGGCAAGCAGUACACCUACGGCGACAGUGUCAGAGACAGCAUCAUCUACCGAGAGUACAUCCACGACAUCAUCAUAUUCGUCAACUUUAACUGAUAGCACUUUUACCACUGCUUCUUCAACCAGCUCCACAUCCACUAGUAUUGAAACCAGUACAACACCGUCAGACACAUCAUCCCCGGAAGCAACGUCCUCGACCGAAACCUCAUCAAGUACAUCAACUUUCAGUUCAUCGUCAUCCACAGAGUCAAUUUUGGUUCCUACACCUACACCUACACCUGCGCCCACACCAACACCAACACCAACGUUUUACCUAAAAGCCAGUGGAGUAGUCAAGGGAACAGGAAGCCAGAAAAUCCUUCUCAUCCGAUCCAAUGAUAAGUAUGCCGAACUGUAUUCUACGGGUAACUCAGCGGGUUCAGAAAUCCUCACCUUCGCCGACACGGACCCUGCACCUCCCGCUACUUUGUUCUACCUAGACGACGAGUCGCACCUGGUUAACGCUGCAGAUGGAUUCAUCUUAAACACGUACGAAUCCGCCAAAUCCAAUCAAUUGUAUUGGGAUGCAAACCCGACCGGCGGCGGUUGGGCACCGCCGACUUGCCAGGUUAACGUCGAUUCCACUCUUACCUGCAGCAUCGGGGUUAUGAAUCAAUUUUCGAUCUGCUAUGGAAGCUCGGGUACAAGUCUAGGCAGCAAUGGUGUGCUAUACUUGACAGGAAGCGCACCAGAUCAGGGAUCAAACUGUAGAGGAGUGACGGUCAACGUCGUGUAUGCUUAAGGAAGCCUAUCAUAUAUCACAAAUAUUCUGUAAUGCUGUAUACCUAAGAAUAAUAU